AUGCGUGAAAUAAACGGGGACGCGGCGGGCCAGCCGUUGAUGCAGGGUGACGAGGGACUACAGCAUGCUCAGGAGUUUGAACAUGACAUCGACGAGCGCGACGAUAGCGAAGUGCUCGAGGAGAGCGCGCUUCAGACGCCCACGCCCUUCAUCUGGGCCCUCACGCUUGCGGCCGGGGUGUCUGGGCUGCUGUUUGGCUACGACACCGGCGUCAUCUCCUCGACCCUCGUCUCCAUCAACGCCGACCUCUCGGCCCGGCCGCUCACAACCCUCGACAAGUCGCUCAUCACGUCGUGCACCUCGCUCGCCGCGCUCGUCGCCUCGCCUCUCACCGGUGUCCUCGCGGACCACUUCGGCCGCAGGAGAGUCAUCCUCGCUGCUGAUGUGCUGUUCGUCGGCGGCGCGGCAUGGCAGGCUCUUACCACGAGCGUGUGGGGCAUGAUUGGGGGAAGAAGCAUUGUGGGGCUGGGGAUCGGGGGGGCGAGUAUGGUCGUGCCGUUAUACAUAUCCGAAUCCUCCCCUUCCCCGUUCCGUGGCCGUCUCGUAACCGUUUCCUCGCUCCUCAUAACCGGCGGCCAGGUCGUGGCAUAUGUAAUCGGCUACCUCUUCUCCUCCACGCCUGGUGGUUGGCGCUGGAUGGUCGGGCUAGGCGCGUUGCCUGCGGUGCUGCAGAUCGCCAUGUUGGGCUUCAUGCCGGAGAGUCCGCGGUGGUUGGUCAAAGCUGGGCGGGCGGAUGAGGGGAGGAGGGUGCUGGGGAGGAUCUACGGGGAUGGGGAUAGGGAUGGGCGGAUGGAGAGGCUGGUUGAGGGGGUUGUGAGGAGGGUUGAGAGAGAGAUCUUGGAGGAGGAGGAGGAAGGGUGCAGCGAAGGGAUGAAGAGGGGGUGGAGAGGCAAACUCGGGCACCUUGGGUACGGAUUCAGGGAGCUGGUUGGUGUAGGGGCGAAUUGGAGGGCAUUGGUCAUCGCGUGUAUGUUGCAGGGGUUUCAGCAACUUUGCGGUUUUAACGCCCUGAUGUACUUCUCCGCCACAAUCUUCAGCCUCUGCGGCUUCGCCUCUCCGACCCUGACAUCCCUCUCCAUCGCAAGCACCAACUUCGCCUUCACCAUCGCCGCCUUCCACGCCAUCGACCGCGUCGGCCGCCGCAGGAUCCUGCUGCUCAGUGUGCCGGUCAUGGUGCUCGGCCUCUCGCUCUGCAGUCUCUCCUUCGGCUUCAUCGACCUCGGGGCGCCUGCUGCGACGGCGAGUCCUGGAGAAGUAGCAGCAAGAGGAGGAGGAGCGUGGUCGAUGGCACUCCUCGCCGCGCUGGUGCUCUACGUCGCGGCCUAUGCGCUUGGCCUGGGCGUCGUGCCGUGGCAGCAAUCCGAACUCUUCGCCUCCGUGCGCGUCAGGGCGCUCGGCUCUGCGCUCGCGACGGCGACCAACUGGGGCUCGAAUUUCGUCGUCGGCCUGACGUUCUUGCCCUUGAUGGAGAUGUUGGGGCCGAGCGCGACGUUUGUCGUUUAUGCCAUAGUGUGCGUGGCGGGAUGGGCGGCGGUGUGGGGCAUCUAUCCCGAAACGGCGGGCUUGGGGAUUGAGGAGGUGGGCGGGCUGUUGAGAGAGGGGUGGGGGGUGCGGGAGAGUGUGAGGAGGUGGGAGGAGAGGAAGGGGGCGAGAAGGAGGGAAGUUAAGCGGGGGGAGGGCCGUGGUGGGUGA